AUGGGUGACACAGCCAUCCUGAGGAUGCUGGAAAUUGGGGAUCUCUACUCCCAGGAAUCCCCAUGCCUGGUGAUCUGUAUACAGCACCACGCCGGGCCAGAUCCUGGAAUUCUGAAUGGGUUUAAGUAUACCAGUCACACUUCCCCUUGGCCCACUGGCUCUUGUGCAGUGGGCUGGAUCCAGUUUCAGAAUGCCUGCUAUAAAAUCGAGGUGGAUCGAAGGAACUGGAACGAUGCUGAGAUUGCUUGCCAGAGUCAUGGCAGGAAUGCCCACCUAGCCUCCAUUCACAGUGCAGAGGAAAAUGACUUUGUAUUUAACCUGAUGGGCAAGCCAUUGGAUUACACCAAGGGACAGGCUUACUGGAUCGGUGCUCAUGACACUUUCAAGGAGGGAAGAUUUGUGUGGACAGAUGGUUCUGAAUUCAAUUAUCGGACAUUUCCUCCUGGGCAACCGGAUGGGUUGCCGGGAGAAAACUACCUAGGAUCCUGGAUUUUGCAAUAUGGACAUGUCACCUGGAAUGACUAUGGCAUUGGAUGGAGCUUCCCAUCUGUUUGCAAAUAUCCUCUGCAAAGCAGGUGCUGCACAUGUUGCAAGGACUGCUGAUACAAAAGAGAAAAGUAUGCAGAAGUUUUAUUUUUGCCUUCGAAACUAUGCUGUAAUGUUGUUUCUUCCUCCUGAAGCCACCUUGCCUUGCUUCUUUGCUUCUCUGUGGAGCAUUUCUGGAGGGAUUAUUUAGUGGGGUCCUUUCAGACAUACCCUUUCAGUGCAGAGCAAAACCUGCUGCAUCUGUUUCUGGAUUCCAUAUCACAAGAACAAAUGAAAGGCAGUCACUAUGGAUACCUGAAAAUGACAGUACUAUGAUGAGUGACAAUGAAACCUCCCACCUCAAAAUGUAUCUAGUACUGAUCACUAAUAGGGCAUUUACCCUCUUCUGCUUAGCCUCCCAACGGCUUUAUAAGGUUAGCUCCUGCUGCUACCAUUUUGCAGAGAGGGUUUUUGGAUGAAAGAAGGUACCUUGCCUAAAGUUAUACAGGAAAUAGCUAGGAAAGGCAAAACUUGAACCCAACUCCUUAAAACCAUACAAAGUGCACUCCUCUAACCAGUAAGGCAAAUUGUUUUCUUAGCAUCUUGAUUUUCUGCAAACAUUCUGUAUCACAGGAGUCAACAACCUUUCAAAAGUGGUGUACCGAGUCUUCAUUUAGUCACUCUCUAGUACAUAAUGUUUUGAUUCCGACCCUGCCCCAGUGAGGGGUUGCCCUUCUCCCCCACCCCCAAUUUCCAGCAUGCAGCCCCUGAGUGUCAUUAAUGGGAUUAGCAGUGAGAGUACCACUCAAAAUCAUUUUGCAUGCCAGAAGUUGCUGACCCCGGCUGUAUCAAGACCCAAAGGUCUUGAGGAAAGUGCUAUUGCAAUGAAUUCUAUUUAUCUCCCCCUCCUCAAAAAAGUUUUCCUUUCUCUCUCUCUCUCCCUCUCUGCCUCUCUUUUUAAAAAACAUAACUUAAAAUGGCUGCAAACCUGUGUACACUUGUGUAGAAGUAGAUCCCUUUGUAUUCAUUAGAACUUACUUUUGAUCAAACAUGCAGAAAAUCAUUCUAACUAUACUAAAAUGAAAGGGUGAUCACAGUUCCCAAAGUCUGUGACUCUCUCAGAAAAGGACCAGAUUUACAACGAUUCUCCUUCUGAUGCCCUUUCUAAGUAAAUACCUUUCACUGAAGACCUUCCUGGAGACAGCCAUUUUGUUCCCUUUCCCUUCUGCUUUCCAUUUUUUUCUCCUUUCUUCUCAAGAACUCCAUAAUUUGUUAUUGAACAUAUCCAAUGAUAAAAAUAAGAGAAGCAAUUAAAAACUCUGCUCCUAUCAAAGCAACCUUGUAAUGCAAAAUUAAUAAAGAAUGGCUUUUAGCAUGGCUUUCUCUGCGUACCAGUUUUCUAUAACAAUGAAAAAAGGUAAGACGCCAAAAACUGGAACCAGACUACGUCAGAGCUAUUCAAUUACCAAGUUUCAAACAGUGGAUUGAACGCAAUUGCAGUCACACACAACACAAUAUAGAACACUCAGGAUUAUCUCCAGAGAAAAUUUGCUAAGGAAGUUUAUUUAUUUAUUUAUGGUUAAAUUUAUACCCCGCCUUUCAUGAAGAAAAUCCCAAGGUGGCUCACAAUAAAAAUGAAAAACAAGAUUAUAAAAAAGACACUUUAAAAUAUUGAGCUAAAAAAAAUAUAUAAAAGCAAAAUCUGAUUAAAAAGUUGCAACUCCUCACUUAAUUUGGGAUGGAGGAGAAUGCCUGGGA